AUGAGCUGCAGAGCCAUGGCCAAGAUGACCGGAAUUCUGAUCUUGGGGCUUCUUUUGGCCACCUCCAGCUGCCUGGCCUACUUUGAGGACCUGGCCAAGUGCUUUCAGGACCCGGAGUAUGAGGCUUUAUUAGCCACAGCCCGGGGCGGCCUUCGCUCCUCCCCACUGCCCAAGCAUGUGAUUGUAGUGGGAGCUGGCAUGUCAGGCCUGUCAGCAGCAAAGACCCUACAAGAUGCUGGCCACCAGGUAACCAUCUUAGAGACCAGUGACCGCAUUGGGGGUCGAGUGUUCACAUUCAGGAACAAGGAGGAGGGCUGGUACUAUGAUCUGGGGGCAAUGAGAAUUCCAAAAUCCCACAGGCUGGCCCAUUUCUUCAUCAAGAAGUUUGGCUUGAAGUUGAACAAGUUCAUCCAAUCUGACAACAACACUUGGUAUCUUUUCAAUGGACAUCGCUAUCGUGAAUGGGAGGUCAAAGCCAAUCCAGGGCUCUUGGGCUAUUCUGUGAAAGCCACAGAGAAGGGCAAGAGUGCUCUGGAUCUCUUCCACCAAUCCAUCAUGAAGCUCAAGCGAGGUCUAAACACAUUCAACUGCAGCCACCUGCUGUCCUUUUAUGAUUCCUACUCCACCAAGGCUUACCUGCUGAAGGAAGGGAUGCUGAGCGCAGAAGCAGUGAGACUGAUCGGGGAUCUGAUGAAUGAGAACGGUGGAUACUACAAGUCCUUCCUGGAGUCCCUGCGGAGUGCUAGCAUCUUCUCCAAAAGUGACGAAUUUUUCGAGAUCACCGGUGGCUUAGACCAGCUCCCCAAUGCCCUCAGUGCCAGCCUGAAGCCUGGCACCAUCCAUCUGGGGGCCAAGGUGGAAAGGGUGGUGAGGGCUGGGCCUGAGGUCCGAGUUUUGUACCGCACGGAUGGGCCGAGUUCAGAGCUGCACAACCUCACCGCUGACUAUGUCAUCAUCUCUGCCUCCGCCAAGGCCACGCGGCUCAUCGACUUCCAGCCACCACUGUCCCCAGAGAAGAGAGACGCGCUGCGCUCCAUACAUUACACCAGCGCCAGCAAGGUGGUUUUGGCCUGCAAUGAGCGCUUCUGGGAACGCGACGGUAUCCGGGGAGGAGCCUCCAUCACUGACCGGCCCUCGCGGUACAUCUACUACCCCAGCCACCGUUUCCCAGGGGGCAAGGGCGUCCUGCUGGCCUCCUACACGGUGGACGACGACUCCUCCUUCCUCACCGCCAUGAAGCCCAAGCAGUUGGUAGACACUGUCCUGGACGAUCUGGCGGCUGUGCACCAGAUACCCAAGGAGGAGCUGCAGCGCCUGUGUCCUUCCUCGGUGAUCAAGCACUGGUCGCUGGACCCCCUCUCCCUCGGUGCCUUUUCGGAGUUCACACCUUACCAGUUCGUGGACUAUUCCAAGCCGCUCUUCCAGCCAGAGGGCCGCAUCUACUUUGCGGGCGAGCACACCUCCCUGCCCCAUGCCUGGAUCGACACUGCCAUUAAGUCUGGCCUCAGGGCUGCCAGGAACAUCCAAGCCGCAGUGGACCAGGAGGUCGUAGGCGGGACAGGGGCCUCUGCAGAAGGCUCUCCCUAA